AUGCGUAAUGUUUACAAAGCAACAGAUCUAAUAUUGUUUCUGGGUGAAGAUGAACUUGAGGAGGCAAGAUCACUCUCGAGGAAAUUACUAGAGAAAGCAAUAUCUUUCAAGGCUACAAAGAAUAAUGACACCAUUUUGCUCCCACCACGUUUCUGGAGACUGGUUGAGCAUGAGUUGAGGCUUCAGUGGUGUGCUCGAAUGGAUCAUCUAGAGCAUAGGAUGUGCAUUGAAGUAAAUAAAACGACCUCUCCUUUGAUGGGAAAAUCUUCCUUGUACAGGCAGUCAUUCCUUCAUAUUGAUAAUGUCCUACUGCAACUGGCUUGGAAGAACUACUUAUUUCGGCAAUCUAUCUAUAGAAGCGAACUAGAUGAGCUGAAAAGUUGGUCCAAGGAAUCAGGUCUAGCUAGCACGGGAUUUGGUCGAGAGAAAACUACCUAUUGUUACUAUGCUAUUUCCAGUUGCUCCUCCAUUCCUUUAAACUCUGAUGUACGAAUGACAGUCGCAAAGAGUGCAAUAAUAGUCACAGUAGCCGAUGAUUUCUAUGAUAUGGAAGGUUCUUUCAUGUUUUAUUUAUUUACAUGA